AUGCGUUCUAGAAUGGACCUUCGACUUGACCCUUCGCCAACCAUUUUUGAAUCCAAGGAUCUCCACCGCCACGACAAUAGAUCUUCUCACAUGAUGCCCGAUUUGCCAUUCUCUUCUCACGGUCCGCUACCUAUACCGUCCCGUCCCGCCAUGAAUACUGCGCCCCCGCCACUUCCUCCGCCCUCGAGGAUCCGCGAUUUGGAGAACGGUUAUGACGCUGGCUGGGUGCAUGGAAAUCCUGGACGAUCGAUAAAUGCACUUCCCCCAAUCAAUCCGAAUUCGAGUUUAUUUGGUGGCCAUCGAAGGCCCGAUGCGGUACCUAGAAGCGAUCCUAUGGCGGUAGAUGAACUGGAAGGAAGGCACGGUGGAGUGCCAAUCACACGCAGUCCUGAGGCGCAGAUUAAGAUUGAGCCGCCUCCUCCAACAGAUGACGGAUUCCCAAGUUCUAUAGCUGUCAGCUCAACAGGCCCGAUUCUCAAGGGCGAGCGAGACUUCUCAUUGCGAAGUGUGAAGGACUCGUCAAACGCUUAUGAUCAGCAUCUUCUUUCGAAAAUUGGCAACUCGCUUUCGCCACAUGGAUCCCUCGGGCAUGGAUCAGAUCACCGGGGCUCCAUUGACCACCGAGGGUCCAUUCCAGCACUUACUGUUCCGUCGCGUACAUCUAGCAAUUUGCCCUCGCCGGGGCCAUCGGAAGGCUCAACUCUCGAUGUGAAGUGGUACAACAGCCCUCAAUCGGCUGGAGGCGUAUCUCCUAUGAGUAAGAUGAGCUGGAAGGAGUAUCUUGAAGGCGGUCGCAGCCCAAGUGUCGAGAGUACUGCUCCUUCAUCGGCAAUGGACUAUGACUCUACAUACAUGCGGGAUAUUGGGCGACGGCGAUAUCGAGGAACGACACCUUCCCGAGAAGACAGCGUCAGCCUGCCCAGCCGAUCAAAUCGGGGAAGUUAUGAUCAGGCCGUAUUCUCGGACAUUGAAGGUGAAUUUGCCCCAGAUGACCCCGCGCCGCCGCGACAGUUCGUACUCCGUGAGCCUACUCCUCCGUAUCCAGAGGGCUCCAAGCAGGGCAUGAAGCGACGAGCAUCGUCGCCUCCCCGGGAGCCUAUCAGCGACGAUAGAAAUACCCUUCACCUGGCCACGAGCAAUGGCGAUCUUUCUCAACGCAGGACGAGUGGGCAUCCAUUCACGAAUACGUUGUCGGUAAACAACAGCGGCUAUCCAACUAGCCAAAGGACUCUUUCCGCUGCAUCCUCCCUGAGUAUUCGGACUUCCGGUUCUUACUCGUCUGCGCUGUCCAUCGGAGGAAGCAGCAUGACCAGCCUCUCGCCAUACGACCGACCCUCUCCCGGGGGACUAUCUCCCAAUUCCGACCUCGACACCUAUCACGAAAAGUCCAUCUUAAAUCCUAGCUCCCCAGUAGCACUCGUGACCAUCCCCCGGGGCACCCACUCCCUCGAGCCCCCUCUCACAGACUCUACGGGCAAAGUGCCCAUGGCACCCAUCCUCAGCAUUCCCAAGGCCCCUCUGAAGAUCAGUGGUCUAUACAUCUGCGAUUGUUGUCCCAAAAAGCCCAAGAAAUUCGACAAUCCAGACGAUCUCCGGGCCCAUGAGAUGGAAAAGCAAUACGCGUGCCAAUACUGCAGCAACCGAUUCAAAAACAAAAACGAAGCUGAGCGCCACCAAAACUCCCUCCAUCUCCGUCGCCAUUCCUGGUCUUGCGCCGCCCUUCGAAGCUUCCAAGCCGCCUUUCACGGCUCCGUCUCAUCGUCCUGCCAAACUCCCGCCGGACCCUCUCACGACACAUGCGGGUACUGUGGUGAAGAAUUCACGAAUUUUCCACGUCCCGAUUGGGACCGUCGAUUUGAACAUUUGACUAGCGUGCAUAAAUUCGGCGAAUGCAAUAACGCAAAGAAGUUUUUCCGUGCGGAUCACUUCCGCCAGCAUUUGAAGCAUAGUCAUGCAGGGACAAGUGGAAAGUGGACGAACAUCUUGGAGAAUGCUUGCAUGAAAGAGGAAGCGCCGCCCGAACCGAGAGAUAGGUCUGGUUCCAGUGCUAGUGCGGCUGGUCAGGCGCAGUCGAAUUCGGGAUCUUUGACCUCGAAUACUAUCGAUGAGGUUCCCAGUGAGCAAUGA